AUGAACGGCAUCAUCGAGCCUUUACCUGGCCUCCUUGAUGAUCCUCUAUUUCAAAUUCCUGAUUUACCUGCCCUGACUGACUUUCAAAUUGCCCCUCUACGAAAUCCUGCUCCGAGCCGUCAUGCAAAUGUCCCUCUACCCCUCGAACCUGUGGCCGACAAUAGCCUGGGUAAUGCACGGACGAACAAAACUACUACACAUCCUGUAGAAAGUCCGGAGAGGAGGAGGGCGCCAUCAAUAACUCCCAACGAUGUCCUUCUUGCACGAGAGGCAAAAAGACCACAUCUCGCCAUCAGCGAGCUGCUGGAAGCCGACCAUGGCCCGGACCCUACACCAACAUAUCUGCCCUCAUUCAUCAGUCUGGCUGUGGUGGAAAACUCUCCUGUCCAAGCCCCCUCGUUUCUAGAACAUCCUCAAUCUCUCAGGCAUCUGAGAUUGGACGCGGACAACGACCAUGUUGCUCUUGACUGGGCCAGGCAUCUUCCUCCCCCAGCUCAGAAAGAAAACCGUCACAACAGACCGACUCCGCUCCUCCCUGCUAUGGUUACAGGACUGCAUGAGCCUCCUCCCUCUGCAGCUCUCCUGCCAUCCAUUGACCUUGACUCUCUACAUCCGACCGUCACAGCAUUACACGAGCCUUCCGCUCUGUUACCAUCGCUUGACUCUCGCCCAACACGUGCCACGAUUACAGGACUGCAUGAAACUCAGCCUACUGCGCUGUUGCCGGCAGUCUAUCCGGAGUCGAUACACACCACGAGCACGAGGCAGCAUGAACCCCGUCCCACUUCUGCGGCUCAUCCGCCACCGAUUGAUGUCGAUUCGACACAAGCCACUACCCGGCCAACACCAACAACAACAUCGAGGAUUCAUGUCAGAGAUAUGCUCAGAGACUCCGUUGGGCCAGACCGUGAACCCAGUCUACCAGAUCCCGAGCCCAUUCAACCUGACACUGACCCUUACCCCCAAGAAGUUGACCCCUACAAUCCAGAAGCUGAUCCUUAUUACCAAGAAUCUGACCACUACCGUCAAGAAUCUGAAUCUUAUCACCCGAGUCCUGAAGCCGAUCAACCAGAUAUAGACCCUUCACCUGAACCCAUUCCUCCUGGCCGCGUUAUUGAUACACGUAUUACUUUUACCAGGGCCUUUCUAAGGACUGAAGAACUCUCUCCCGACGAGAUCCGCCAACGCAUUCCGAAGGUGAUCCAUCCUGUUUGGAAGGAGACAAACAAGAAGAUCUUUAAGCGUCGAGCCAGGCGGAGAUGGACUGAUGCUGAAACUGCAGACCUCAUGGCCGGCGUGAAUAAAUACGGCAUCGGCCGAUGGAAACAGAUUCUAGACGAUCCGGAUUUCCACUUCAGGGACAGAAAUUCCGUGGAUUUGAAAGAUCGGUACCGCGUUUGCAUCAACGACAGGCCCUCAAAGUCCGACACCCACCUGGGAGUCGACAGUCCUAUUGCAGAACCAUCUCCAUCCAUUGAGAUACUGGGAAUACGACACUGUCGUGAAGUGGCGGAGCGACUGGCAGAUCGGGGUCAGAGUUCGAAACAACGUCGUAAACGCCGUGCUUGGACAGACCUCGAGGACGAGAAUCUUUUGGCGGGUGUAGCACGACAUGGCUUCCAGUGGACCGCCAUUCAUGACGACCCAGACCUGGAUCUGUCGCACAGGCGAGCCACCGACCUCCGAGACCGCAUUCGAAAUAAAUUUCCAGAUGGGUACAAGCACGCCGAGUCUGCGCCGUUGAGGUCAGAGGUCAGGAAGGCGGAGAAAGAAGCCCAAGCUGCAGAAUCAACUACAUUAGAGACGGACGUCCCUGGGCAAGUGCCCAAUGCAACAAAGGUCUCGGCGAAGGGGCGACGGAAAUCUGGGAAAGUGACGGUAGCAGAUGAAAGUGCGACUACUUCAGCUCGAAGAAAACGCCGCUCGUUUCUACCAACUGCGUCGGCCUCCUCGGUGAACAGGCUAACUCGCGAUGAGCUCGACCAAGACCAUGAAGAUAUGCAGGAGGAACACGAGAGAGAAAGAGAACGCGAAGCUGAAAAUGAGCAACAACAAUCCCUCAUUACAUUGCCCAGUUUGACACUCGACCUCGAUGACAUGGACUGGGAGGAUAAUAGGCUGCCACCGUUGCAUGACGGCGAUGAGGAUGAUAUUAGCGACUAG